UGAGUCAUGUGAGCCGCGGGGCCCAGAUAUGCACUGGGUUGGAUUGGCCCAGUGACCAACCGAGAUAUUUUGGUUGUCUCAGCGCCUCCCAGGCAGAGAUUUAUUGUCUUAGGAAACCUUCACGAAAUAAUCCCUGGGUGCUGACCUGAUCUUCAGCUGAGAGAGUGUGAAAAGAGGACAGAAAGGGGCUGCUGUCCCCGGUGCGGUGCAGUCUGAACUUAUCGGAGUCUGAAACAAGAGAGGAUAAACAUCUGCUUCUGCCUCAAGCCAUGCGCUGGCAGGCAGAGAGGAUCUAUUACUUGAGUUGCCUGAGGAGCAAAGAGGGCCGAGGGCGACGGCUGAGCAGACACAAAGUGCUACUUGUUGGGAUUGUCAUCUAGCUCCCUCAUCUGUCACCUGAUGGCCAGCCAAGCAAGUGCUCAGCACAGCCGUGGACCAUUCAUUCAUCCCUACACAAGAAACGGAGGCGAGAAAAGUAAGCAUCUUAUUACAGCUGUUAUGACAUUCAGCAGUUUUUUCUAUAAAGGAAUGCACUGAAUUCGCUACAAAUCUAUUAAUUCUUCCCCUAUGCCAGGCGAGAGACUGUGGGUUUUUUUUUGGUUGGGCUUUUCUCUAGCAGCUGGAGGUCUGGUGGGCAUUCAUACAAAUGGCUGUUGAUUAAGGCAUCUGUUUCACUGUCUAAUGGCAUUAUUUAGUAACUUAGUCAAGCAGAAAGCAUUGCAUUACCUACAAUGAGCUACUUCCUGUCCUACUGCAAAGCGCACUGCACCACGGUGCUCUCCCAUUACCAGACCCUGAGAUCAGAGGGCUUUCUAUGUGAUAUUUUGCUGAAAGUGAAGGAAAAUGAGUUUCCUGCACACAAGUCUUUGUUGGCAUGCUCCAGUGACUAUUUCCGAGCCAUGUUCAAAAGUUACACACAGGAAUCUAAAGCCAGUGUGAUUCAGCUGCAGGUUGUCUCACCCACUGGUCUCCAGCACGUCCUGGAUUUCAUUUACACUUCCUUGCUGCCUCUUUCCUUUGAAAGCCUGGAGGAGACCUUGGAAGCUGCAAGCUACUUGCAAGUGACUGAUGCCAUUGGCUUGUGCAAUCAGUACUUGGUUAACAACCUCUCCUUGGAGAACUGCUGCUUCUCUGCCAAUGUUGCCAGGAGGUUCUACCUGCCGGCUGCCCUAGCUGCAGCAGAAAAAUACAUUGUCAACAACCUCUGGAAGCUGUUGGACUUGGACUUGUCAGGAUUGCUCGAGCUGAAUUUCAGGACUUUGCUAGCGGUGGUAGAAUCACCAGAUCUCCCUAUGGUGAAGGAAACCAGGCUGUUGAAUCUUCUGCUGCUGUGGCUGAAGCAGGAUAAAUCCAGGUUGAUUCAUGCAAGCAGCCUUUUGGAGCACAUAAGAUAUGGUCUCAUCCCAGUGGAAGACCUGAGGAGAAUUUACACACAGUCAGAAGUGCCCCUUACUGCAAGUAUCAAAUGCCUGAUCAUUAAAGCAAUAAACUACCAUACAUUGGUUUUCAGACAGCCAAUCCUGCAGGAUAAGUCCACCACACUGAGGAACCAGAAAACUCGGAUCAUUCUUCUGGGGGGAGGGACAGUAAGUGAGGGUCUGAUCACUGAAGUGGUGGCUUUUGAUGUUUACAACCAUAAAUGGAAAGCUCUCACAAAGGUGUGUGAUGGGGUGCAGAACCACAGUGUGUGUGUGGUGGGGAACUUCCUCUACGUUUUGGGGGGAGAAAUAGAAGGUGGCACUCCAAGUGACUCGAACAGUGACAAGAUCUUAUCGGUUACAAACAAAGUCCAUCGCUACGAUCCAAGGUUUAACACAUGGACCCAAAUCACAGGCAUGUUGGAAAAGAGAUGCCAAUUUUCUUGUUGUGUCUUAAGCAACAAUAUUUUUGCCAUUGGUGGACGGGGUGAGAAUGGGUGUCUGCAUUCAUCUGUGGAAGUCUACAACAUCACUAGAGACAGAUGGACGAAGGCCAGGGAAUUGCCAUGCAAGAUACAUGGUCAUGCCAGCGCCACUUGCAAGAAUACUAUAUACAUCUCAGGUGGCAAAUAUGCAGAACCAGCCAGCACAAGCAAGGACUUAUAUUCUCUGAGCUCGCUUGAAGGGCAGUGGAUGAAACAAGCCCCCAUGAGCAUUGCUCGGUUUGGGCAUCAAAUGGCGACAAUCAGAGAAACCAUAUUCACAUUUUUAGGUUUAUAUGAACCAUUCUCUGAAAUAGAAAGAUAUGACCCUGAUCAAAACCAAUGGACUCGUUUGAGGCCACUGAUCUAUGACCGAUUUUGCUAUGGUCUGGUGGUAGUAGAGGAAACAGCUCUUCUCAUUGGGGGAAAGAAAUGGCAAGACUCGCGGGAAGUCCCCACGCAAGACGUGGUUGGCUAUGACAUUGACAACGAUAGCUGGGAGGAGAUUUGCAAAGCCCCCCUGCCCUGGUGUGGGCUGCAGUGUGCGGUGCUGCAGCUGUCAGAGAUGGACGACGAACAGGGCAGUGACACCCCGAAAAAGAAGCUGCCAAACUGCUGAGCCAAGGCAUCAUGGAAUGACAGCCCUGGGAGAUGAGCCAGUGGGGCAACUCUGGAGAAGAAGAAAAUUGUGAUGGCACUGGAUGUAAAAGAGUUGAGGGUCUGCGGUGAUAAGCAAGACACUGAGUGGAAACAGGCAAGGAAGACUGGCUGCAACCUGGGAAAAGGUGCAGCAAUUUGUAGAUCUGAAAGCCAAUCUCACUGGGGAAAGACGUAGCAAGUAGCACAUGUGGAGGAGAGGAGCUAGAAUCAUAAUCCUUGACUUUUUUUGAAGAGUAAUACCUAGAUAGCAAUUAAGAGUUGUUGUAAGUCAGAUUUUUUCUGAGGUUAAAAAAUGUAAUCCAUCUUUUCUGUUUUCUUAAUCAGAGGUAAUUUUCCCAGUUGGUAAGUGCUAUUGAAUUGCUAUGGUAUGGCUAAGCAAAGUGAAAGUGAGAUGUAUAAAGAUGAGAAAAUUGACGGCUGUAAGAACUAAUAAAAAGUAGUGCCAAGGAAAGGUAUUAUUUUAAUAUGCUACAUACCAGGCAGGAGUGCUUUAGCUAAACAGCAUGAAAUUACUGGACAGAAAGCAUGGAUUUUUUAAAAUGUAGCCUCAAUUGUGGCCAUGUGCUAAAACAGUGCUUGUUUCAUAGAA